UUGUACAGAUGGCUGAGAAAACUGUGCUGUCACACCCUUUAAUAUUAUAUGCAUCCCAUCAGGUAGGUGUAAUUUUACACAACAUGCAAACACAACACAUGACAGCGCAACGACGCUCAGGUUACGAGGCUACUCUGCUGGCAACAAAAAAUCUUAGCAUUCAAACUACAGCAAACAUUAAUCCUGCUUUGCUGGGUAUUUUGGGUAUGGUAGACAUGGCAGAUUUUAAUGUUGAACAUGAUUGCAUCUUUGAACUGACCACCUCUUACUCUUCUAGGUUCGAUCUGUUGGAAUCGCCCCUAGAGGGGGGAGAACACAUUUAUGUUGAUGGUUCUUGUUCAAAGCCAUCUGACGGGGUCUACCUCUGUGGCUAUGCUGUGGUUUCCGAGUCAGGAGAGGUAAAAGAAGCUUUUGCUCUAGAUUUCAAUUCAGCUGCAGAGUUGAUAGCAUUAAUACAGGCCUGUGAGCUGAUGACAGGAAAGAGAGUAACAAUUCACACCGAUUCUCGGUAUGCCUGGAGUGUUCUUCACCAUUAUGCCAGAAUGUGGGAAGCGAGAAGUUUUAAAACUGCUGAUGGAAAUCCAAAUGCACAUGCAAAUUUGAUAGGACAGGUAACUGAAGCAGUUCAGCUUCCGCUCGAAGUGGCCAUAGUAAAGGUCAAGGGUCACGCUUCGGGGGAGGAUGAACAGACUAUAGGCAACAGAAGGGCUGAUGAAGCCGCAAAGGCAGCAGCCCAAGCUCAGAUUAAAUCACCAUUUCAUCCCAAAAAUGAAUCAAAGGUAGCAAUGACGGUGCACAUAACGAAUGUAUCGGGCAUUGAUAUCAAAUUGCUGCAAAGUCAAACAACACAGGGAGACUUAGAGCAUUGGAGAAAAAAUGUUUGCACUCCUGAUAAGGAAGGGAUUAUAAGAGAUGGACAGGGUAGAAUAGCACUACCGAAAUUAGGGUUAAUUAUCCUAAUAAGACAUUACCAUGGGUUAUCUCACACCAGUUGUGCAAAAGUAGUUCAAGCAAUUAAUCAAUUGUACUGUAUAGCCGAUGUUCAUAGAACAGCAAAGCUUGUUUUGGAUGCAUGCUUUACAAGUGCUCAGGUAAAUCCGCACAAAUCAGCUAAGCACAAUGCAUUGACACAUCCGGAAGCUCCUUUUCAACAUUUACAAAUUGAUUUUACGUACAUGAGCCAAUAGGUAACUUAAAAUAUCUUUUGGUAAUUGUUGAUCGAUUCUCAAAGUGGCCUGAAGCAUUUCCAUGCGCAAAGGAAGAUGCUAAAACAGUGGUAAAAAUCUUAACGAAGGAGAUUGUGCCCAGGUGGGGCGUACCGGCCAGAUUGGAAUCGGAUAACGGGACGAGUUUCACGUCAAAGGUAACACAGCUCUUAGCAAAAACAUUGUCUAUUGAUUGGCAUUUUAAUAUUCCAUAUCAUCCGCAAAGUGCAGCAGUCGUGGAGAGAUGUAAUCGAACACUGAAAACACGACUAACAAAAGCUGUACUCGAUACAGGAAGAAAGGGGCUUGAUUUAUUGAAAUAAGAAUGACCCCAUCUUUUUUUCCAUUCCAUUUUCUACCGCUUAUCCGAACUACCUCGGGUCACGGGGGAGCCUGCGCCUAUCUCAGGAUUCAUCGGGCAUCAAGGCAGGAUACACCCUGGAUGGAGUGCCAACCCAUCGCAGGGCACACACACUCACUCAUUCACUCACGCACUCACACCCUACGGACAAUUUUUUUCCAGAGAUGCCAAUCAACCUACCAUGCAUGUCUUUGGACCAGGGGAGGAAACCGGAGUACCCGGAGGAAACCCCCGAGGCACGGGGAGAACAUGCAAACUCCACACACACAAGUCGGAAGCGGGAAUCGAACCCCCAACCCUGGAGGUGUGAGGUGAACGUGCUAACCACUAAGCCACCGUGCCCCCCCUGACCCCAUCUUCCACGACAAAAUUGUAACCGUUCUAAAUACUAAUGGGUAGACCUUUCCCGACCCCGUGGGUCAAAGGCCGGUCUGGUAUUUCUUCUUUAGGUGAUCUGAAGGUGAUCCAGGAGGACUAUGUGACUUCCCUAGUCGAAAAGUUAAAUUCUAUAUGUGCUGAUGUUUCUUUGUGCCUUGCUCUUCCCUCAGAGCAGCCUACUCAUAACUUUGUUCCAGGACAAAAGGUCUUUGUGAGGAAUCUGAAGCCAACAAAGGUUGGAGAACCAAAGUACCACGGACCAGCAACUGUGAUUGCCGUAACACGGACAGGAGUUCUGACGGACUACCCGCCACAGUGGAUAAACGCUUCCAGACUGAAGUUGUGUUCUUCAGGAGAGCAGGCAAGCUCCAAUUUAACAUAGAAUCUCAACAGGGGAUUCACCUUACUACACCUCAGGGUGGAGAAAGCACUGACUAAGCUGAGGAAAGAACUACCUUUCGUGAGGUGGGGGCCACCCAAAGCAAGAAGAUAGGAGGCCCAUUGAGCCAACAGUGCUGACUCUGUAGCUUCCCCUGAGGUGCAUUGAGGGCCAAAUUCUAUUCUUAAAAGGAAAAAGGGAAAAAUUGUUUUCCUAAGCAAAUUUAUUGUGUUUGGCCCAGAUAUUCUUAAAUUCUUAAAUGAUAGAACCUAACAGGCCAGGGCACCCGUUCAGGCAGCCAGGUAGACUGCGUGGAACAACGAUUAUUCUAAUCCUAAUAAGUAUAAUAAUCACUGGUAUAAUCCUAAAUUAAGAAGUAAAAUUAGAGAGAAAUUAACUGCUUACAACAGACAUGAUUUUAAAUGAUGAUGGUAACUACGAGAUGCCAAAACAAAUGUCUCUUAUAGUACAAAUGACUCUGAAUAUUCGAGAAGGAAGACCACCAACAUCCGUAAUGCGAGACUAUAACUGUUCGUAUACAGGAGAACCUUUUCAAGGUCCUGCAUUUUAUGUAAAUGCUCGUCCCGCAGAAUUAUGUGUGUGUUCCAAAUCAGGCAGACAUAUAGUAGGAAUGUCCGAUUGUAGAAAUGAAAUUACUUUGUCUCAAUCAAAUAACGGACAUCAUAAUUGCACCAUACAAUAUCUCAAUAAAACUACUGAGGGAUUUGAAUGUCCAUUUUCACACUUAGACAGUUCACCAGGAAUGGUGUGGGUUUGUGGUGAAACUGCAUAUUACCAUUUAGAUGCAGGGGAGCAUAACUAGCAUAAUGGAAAAGACAAAUCUGGCCACAUCUUUGAAUAGACAUAAAAGGGAAGUAAAACUGCCAAAUUAUUAUGCAGGCCAUAAGAUUAGUGAUCCAUGGACUACUCCUUAGGAAAACGUGGGAUGGUCCCUAGCAGGUUUGUUUACAGGAACCGGUACUACUGUUGCUCUGAAUAAAAUUAAUGGUCUGGCAUGGCAAGUUCUUUCUUUGGAAAAUGACACAGCACAAGCUUUAAACUUAAUCUCUAACGAAUUAAAGAAAAUGAGAGUUGCCAUCGUGCAACAUAGACUUGCUUUGGAUAUAUUAACAGCAGAGAAAGGAGGAGUGUGAAAAAUGCUAGGAGUAUCUUGUUGUUUUUCAAUUCCAGAUUAUGCAGACAAUGUCACCGACGUUGUGAAGCACAUGAGAGAAUCGGUUCGUGAACCCACUCCGGUAGAUGCAACAUGGUUUCAAUGGUUGGACAGCCUAUCCGGGGGAUGGGGAUAUUGGAUAACCGGAACCGAUCGAAUGAUGUUAGCAAAAAGAACGACUGACGUCAACCAGGCUAUGCUGGUUAGACGCACAUCUAAAGGUUAUCGUCCGAAAGAUCAGAAUCAAACUUGGGGAUCCAUAUUUGAUCAUAACAGCGAUACGGACGAGGAUGAUAAUGAUUGUGUUCAAACACAUGAGUUAGAACCAGAACCAAUACCGGUGAUGGAAGAACCAAGAAAUGUUGAUGGACGUGACAAUGUAAUGGAAGGAGAUAAUGGGCUUGACGAUUCGGUAAUUGAGAUUGGCACAGUAGAUGAUGAAGAGUAGAUAUAAUUAUGUUUAUGUUUUCGUUUUUAUUGAGGGUGAUUGGUGUUGUUAUGUUUUUAUUACAAAUGAGUCCGAUUGAUCUUUUACCUCAAAGAGCAGCUUGCAAACCAGAAAACCACAUAAAAAUACGCAAAUGCAACUAUCCUUUUAUUAAAGAUUUUGUAUUAACCUUUUGAUUAACCUUUUGUACUACUCUAUAUAUAUAUUUGUUCUUUAAAGGGACGCAGGACUGCUUGUAAGACCGUUGGUCUGAAAGUGGCCAUUGUGAGAAUCUGGAUUUCGUCCUGUCCUCUACAAAUAUUGCAUCUGUGUUUAAUACAAAGUUCAUGUAUCAUAUGUAUUCAUUCGUAUUCAUUCCUAUUAAUAUUAGCUUCUAUUCAUAUUAGAUGAGCCUUUCAUUCUUGUUGUUUAACCUCGUUGAAAGUUCUAUCAUGUCAUGCUGUCUUAUGUUGAUAUAAGUAUCUGUUGUUCUCCAUAUCAAGGUUCCUAAUGAUGCCUAUGGACGAUUGUUCUGUUAUUGUAAUAUUGAAUAUGUAAUCAUAUCUGAUUGUUCAGGAGGAAAGACUAAACAGAAAGUCUGGUGAUUUUCCACUGUUUUGGUGGUUUUAUAUGACACCUCCUUUUCAAACAUAUAAAUAUUAGUCCGAAAACAAUAAACAUUGGACUCUGAUUGAACAAGCACUUGUGUCUGUGUCAAACUUUGUCUCCAGGCCUGAAACUCUGUGUGUUCCGUCGACUAGACUCUUCAACCGUAGAAUAUUGUUAGACAAGGGGA